AUGGAACCUAUUAAUCUUGGAUACUCCACAAAGAACAUACCAGUUGCGCAGCCAAAGGAAUACUUAAAGUGUUUGGUCACCAAAACGGAAUCUUUUCUACGACGUAUUCGAUGGAAAGCUUAUCAUUUUCUCAAACCUGACGAGUCUGCGGAAUCUGCAUCACAGGAAACCUUUGGUUUUCGUUCUACAAAAUCGCCUCCCCCAAUGAAAGAGCUUGAAGAAUUUGAAAAUAGAAUGUUUUCUAUUAUUCAAAAUGUUAAGUUUGACAAAUGCCAAAACGAAUUUCAGAAAACCCUUACGAAAGACUUAAAUAACAUUCGUAGUGAAGAUAAAGUUUUAAUGUCCGCAGAUAAAACAACAAACUUUUACAAGUUAGACGCCCCUUCAUACGACAAAUUGCUUGAUAAUGCCAUAACGAAGUCCUACAAGAAAGCUAACGCGAACAUUACUUCCAUGCAAUAUAGCAAAUGA